CAAAAAAGUUCUCUUAUGAUUUUUCGAUAAAUCUAUUGGCUUAAGAGUUAUUUGAGCUCAAAGUUUAAUUAUUAUAUAAUUAUUAAUAUUAUCAAGUAUAAUUAUCAAGUGAAUAUUUAUUUUAUAAAAUAUAUCAAAUUUCUCUUACAAAAUUUUUAUUUAUAGUCAAAAGAAGCAAAUAUAAUAUUUGUAUUCUUUGUGGCUUUAUAGACUGAGUCACCAACGCCAUCUCUGAUAGCAUUUGUGUACUCAGACAUUUUUAUCUUUAAAAAUAUUUAUAAAUUACCUAACCUUUAAUCAAAAUAAACAAUCUCUGUGAGUUGUCUACCGGAAUAUUCAUUCAUCAUGACAUCAAGAAUAAUUUUACGUCAAAAUAUUUAUUUAAUUGGUGAUGUUGAUACUCAAAUUAUCGGUAAUAAAUUGCCUUCAAAAUUACAAGUGCUAAAAGUUUUUUUCUAUCAUAUACGUAUUCUCGAAUUCAAAUUACGUGAAAGUGCUGAAAUCUGUAUAGAUGAAGUUAAAGUAUUUUGGCAAAAAGCUCAAAUACCAAUUAAAAGAAAAGACCAUUGUAUUGAUCAGCUGUUAAAAUUAUAUGAGCAUUAUCAGCUUCUUCAAAAAAGUGUACGCAGAGACUCAAAUAAGAUUAAAGAGGAUGAAUUUAAAUCCUCAUUGUUAAAUUUGUUCGACAUUACUCAUGCAAAUGCGGCACUAAUGGUCAAUGAGAAUGUGAUGCAUUUUUUAACUGAACAACGGAAAGAUGGUAGAGUUGGUUACAUAGCUAAUAUUGAGUCUGAUGAUAAUGACCAAGCUCAAAAAAUAAAAGAUGAACUACUACAGCUACGUCGUGAAAAAUCGGAGAGAGAAAAAGUUCUAUACGAUGAAUUUGUGGAAUUCACAUCAAGCAGUGAAAUUGAAGGAGUAAAUCCAUUGAGUCAAAAAACAAUAUCGUCAGUUUCAAAUUUUUCUGACGAACUGGCAACAACUCAGCACCAAGAAUCAACACAAUCUCGUGGGACAAUAAAUAUCGUAGAUGAUAAAGUAGUAGCGGUCUUUGAUCAUUGUAAAAUAAGCGAUCGUAAUGCUGUACGUUUGAUUGUAGCUUUAUGUUCAUCAUUACAAAUUGACGUAAAUCCAUUAAUAGUCAAUAGAUCAUCUAUUCGUCGUAGCAGAGUGAAAAUACGUGAAGAAAAAGUCCAACAAAUCAAAAAACUUUUCAAAACUGAAGACUUGAAUGCUAGUGUUCUACACUGGGAUGGAAAAAUUCCAAAAACUUCAAGUGGAAAAAAUAAAGAACGACUACCAGUUGUAUUGAGUUGUCGACAAAUUGAAAAAAUAUUAGCAAUCCCAGUACUAGAUGAUGGUACAGGUCAGUCGCAAGCUGAUGCAAUGUUUGACGUUAUCAAUGAUUGGGGAAUUCCUGACUUUAUUAAAGCUCUUUGCUGUGAUACUACUGCUGCAAAUCUAGGAUCAAAUAAAGGAGCUGCAGUUUCACUUGAACGGUUGCUUGAAAAAAAACUAUUGUAUUUGCCUUGCAGGCAUCACAUAUUUGAACUUAUUCUAAGGGAUGUUUUUGAACUUAAAAUACCUACAACUUCAGGUCCUGAUGUACCAUUAUUUAAGAGAUUUCGAGAGAACUGGGUUGAAAUUGAUACAAGUCAAUAUUCUACUGGCGUUGAAGACUCGUAUGUGCAAGACAAAAUACAAAAUCAUAUUGAUAACAUCAAUGACUUUAUCCAAAAGCAACUUGAUUCUAAACAACCAAGGGAAGACUAUAGAGAACUUUUGGAGCUUGUUCAGAUAUUUAUUGGUAAAGUUCCGUGCAGUCAAGUGAAAUUUAGAAAACCGGGUGCAUUUCACCACGCUAGGUGGAUGGCAAAAGCUAUCUAUACAAUAAAAAUAUUUUUAUUUCGUAAACAAUUCAAAAUGACGGUGAAAUUAAUCAGAUCAAUUUCUGAUAUUUGUAUUUUUAUUGCUACAGUGCAUAUCAAAGCAUGGUUCACUUGUCCUCUAGCAUCUGAAGCUCCAAAUAAUGAUUUAUCAUUUUUAAAAGAACUUAUUGAUUAUCAAUCGACAGAUGCUAAAAUAUCUGAAGUGGCAUUGAAGAAAUUUAGCAAGCAUUUGUGUUAUUUAAAUCCAGAAACUGUAGCUAUAGCAUUUUUUGACGAAAGAAUAUCACUAAACAUUAAGAACCAGAUGGUGAUUAUGUUAAAAAGUAUUGACACAAAUUCAGAAAAAAAUUUGAAACGUUUCGAAAUUAAAAAUAUUAGAGAUGUAUACGACUGGAACAUUGCUUCAUUCGUGUCAUCAAGAUCACUACAGUUUUUUGAACGAUUUGGAAUAAAUACAGAUUUUUUAAAUUUGAAUCCGUCUGAGUGGUGUCAAAAUGAAAAUUACCAGAAGGGUUUGCUAUUGGUAAGAAGUUUAAAGGUUGUUAAUGAUAUCGCUGAGCGUGCAGUGAAACUUAUUAAAGAGUACCACAGUAUAUUAAGCAAGGAUCCAGAGCAGCAGCAAUUUAUAGUUCAAUUUUUAUCAGAAUAUAAACCAUAUUAUUCUGAUACUCGAAAAUCCGCAAUAGUUGAAAAUAUGAAAAUGGAUUAGGGCUCACUAUCCAAAUGGUAUCAUAUCACCUGUACUUUUAUUUUAUUAUUUUCAAACUCUAAGGAUUAUCAGUUUUAUUGAUUGAAAAAUCACACAUAUUAACCCCAAUUCCAAGAAUAAGAUUGUAUUUGCUUUUUUUGACUGUAAAUAAAAAUUUUGUAAGAGAAAUUUGAUAUAUUUUAUAAAAUAAAUAUUCACUUGAUAAUUAUACUUGAUAAUAUUAAUAAUUAUAUAAUAAUUAAACUUUGAGCUCAAAUAACUCUUAAGCCAAUAGAUUUAUCGAAAAAUCAUAAGAGAACUUUUUUGUAGAGCGUUAAAUUUACAAUAAAUAAUAUACAAUUAAUAAUUUUUGAUUCAUUUAUAGCAGAGUUAUGAAAUUCUAAAGAAAAAAUGAAAUUUAUUCCAUGUUAUUUCUAUGAGAAACUUAGAUUGGAGCGCGGACUAUCUUAAAGUUAAUAUUAAGAGCUAAAAUUUUCAGGCAAUUUUUUUUUAUCCAUUUGGAAGCAUUUGAGCCCCAGGGAGUAAAGAAAUUCAGAUACAUCCAUAUUAACGACCACCCUAAAUUAUAUAUAUAUGUCUAUGUCGAUAUCGAUAUUUUAUAUGUUUAAAUUAGUAAGUAUAAACGCGUGACUUAUAAAUAUGCGUUUGAAUUCUGGGAAUAUACACUCCUCAAAACAAUUAAAGCAACACCCAACCUCUGAGCGAAAAAUAGCGAAUUUUUAAACGGCUGUAUCUUUGAACCAGAAGCUCUUACAGGGACGAACAGGCAUUCAAAUUGAAGCUUGCAAUGUCAUCUACAAGCUCCAUGAAGCGGAUAUCCGUUUCCAUGUCGCGUUUCAUAGAAGCGCUACUUUCAAACGAACAGUGCGUAAAUUCUUUGUUUGAUGCAAACUUGAAUCAAAUGUACGGAGAGCAGGAUUUUUUUUCUCGAAAAUUGAUUUCGCCUGAAAGAUAGGAAAUUUUCUCACCUUUGAAAUGGUUUUUUGCGGUUUCCCUACGAUUUUUUCCCACCGAGCUAGUCGUGUUUGAAGUAAAAAACUCCAAAAAAUCUUUGAACCGCGUCAACUUCUGACCAACUCAUCGUAAAACGAUUUUCGGGACACCAUUUUGAAGCUGAUCUCAUAUUCUUUACGUGACAUCCACCAGUUU